AUGGCCGACAGUAAAGACAUUGCAACAAAGCCCACCGGCGAAGGAAGAAGAAGUGGUGUCGAGCACGUCGAGGAGGAGCUUGGGAAGCCCAAUGUCAUCAGCGAGGAUGUCAACCAUCCGGACCCUGAGUUGUACAUCGAAGCCCUCGCAAGGUACCCCAACGAUGAGUCGAUAGAUCAGGUGGCCGAGAAGAAAGUACUCCGCAAGAUUGACACGCGAAUACUGCCCCUGUUAGGCAUAUGCUACUUCUUCUACUAUGUUGACAAGACCACUCUAUCCUAUGCGGCCAUCUUUGGCCUCAAAGACGAUCUCAAUCUCAAGGGCGACCAAUACUCCUGGCUCUCGAGCAGCUUUUACUUUGGUUGGCUGAUCUGGGCAAUUCCCUCGAACCUCAUCAUGCAGCGCUGCCCGCCUGCUUGGUAUUUGUCCUUCAAUAUCUUCAUGUGGGGUGCGUUGCUCAUGGCACAAGCUGCAGCUCGUAACUUCUGGGGUCUUCUAGCCCUCAGAGUUCUGUCUGGUGCUUUUGAGGCAAUCGCCGAUCCUGCUUUCAUGUUGAUCACUUCAAUGUACUACACUCGCGAGGAACAGCCCUCGCGCAUCUCAGCUUGGUAUGCGUGGAAUGGCAUUGGUGUUGCUGGAGGAGGAUUGAUCGGCUACGGCAUUGGACACAUCAAGGGAGCAUUGGAGUCAUGGCGCUACGAGUUUCUUGUCGUCGGUGCUUUCUGCUCAUUCUGGGCCAUCAUCCUCUGUUUCAUGCUGCCGAACUCGCCUCGCACUAUCUGGGGCUUCGACCGAGAGGAGAAAUUAAUCAUGAUCGCUCGUAUGCGUCGCAAUCAGACGGGAAUAGAGCAACGGAAAAUCAACUGGGGCCAGAUCAAGGAGGCAUACUGCGAUUACAAGACCUGGCUCUUCACUCUGCUUGGUUUCGUUGCUAAUGUUCCCAACGGGGGCAUUUCCAACUUCUCCACCUUAGUGAUCAAGGGCCUUGGAUUCGACACUCUCGAGACCGCUUUGCUCGGCAUUCCUCAGGGUGCUCUGGUGGUCGUCUGGAUUGGCCUGGGUGCUCUGGCCAACAGGUAUAUGCCUCGCAACAGUCGCACUUUGGUUUGCGCAAUCUUCAUGAUUCCGACUGUUGCUGGAUCUCUAGGCUUCCUUCUGGCCCCCAAAGACGCCUACGUUGGACGGCUGGUCUGCUUCUAUCUCACCGGCUCGUACCAGGCAUCGUUUGUCAUUUCUCUUUCUCUGAUCACCUCCAACACGGGCGGUCAGUCGAAGAAGAUGAUUGUUUCAGGCAUGAUCUGGUUCGGCGCCUGCAUCGGCAACAUUGUCAGCCCAUUCUUCUACCUCACUAAACAGGCCCCGAGGUACCAGCUCGGCAUCGGCUCUAUCCUUGUGGCGAACUGCAUUGAGCUCGCUCUCUUCUUCGUGUUCCGCUAUGCCUUCAAGUGGGAGAACAAGAGAAAGGAAGAGAAGCGUGCCGCCAUGCGCGCGAACGGCAACUUUGUGGCCGACGAGCUCAACGUCACUGCCUUCACAGAUAUGACGGACAAGGAAAAUCCCAACUUUGAAUACGUCUACUAG